AUGGCUGGUAGACGAUCUCGACAGGGAUGUGGAGAGUGUAGAAAACGUAGACGAAAGUGUGACGAAGCGAAGCCGAGCUGUGGUCAAUGUGUCUCAUACAACCGGACAUGUCAGUACGAAUUGAGACUUGUUUGGAGUCAAAAGUCUCGCGUUUCGAAACUUGUAUCAAACAAGUCCACAGACAUCACAUGGAAUAUCCGAAGCGAUGACCCCGGAAAGGUUACGAAAGGCGUCGAGCUAGUGAUACCCGAGUCACUACCUAAUGGAAUGGCGCUACCAAGGCGAUACAAAAGACUGCUACAUCACUUUGCAGAAGGUGUUUUGGCAUCGCUAUCAAGCCAUCCGACGAUCCAUCAAGACUUUUGUCAAGGUCUUAUGCCGACUAUGCUGCACUCCCCGCACCUUCUAUCGGCUAGUCUGGCGCUCUCAGCUUCAAGCCUGAUAUCAAGAGGCAUAGAAGAGGUAGAAGGGACAAGCAUAGCACGAGUUGUGGAGCAUUUACAAUCCUCUGGGUUACCUCUUCUGCGAGUAGCUCUAGAUAAAGGGCAGCAGAGUGAGAUUUUAAUCGCGACCUGUCUUAUCUGGUGUCUUGCGGAUGUUUUCUCUGGGCAACAAGGAAUAUCAAGAUGGCCGAUCCACCUGCAAGGUAUUAAAGCCCUACUUCGUGAUGAACGCUCAUACAAGGCCAACGAUACAGCACUGAGAUCAGCCAUGAAGCACCUUCUUAUGCUUUAUCGUGCUUUGGAGACGUUACCUCACGUUCCAUCUAUCACUCUUUCGACUGGCAAGACACACGAAAGCACCAACUGCAGUACCACAGCAUCCUCCUACUUCAAUCCUCAAAUCGAUGGAUUUCUGGGUUACAGUGAGGAGCUUCUCGACAUCCUACAUCAGAUCAAUAUGAAGAGCCUUGUAAAUGAUCAAGAGUCUGCAAGUGCAGAUAUUCUUCUUGGGAAGCUGAACGUUAUUAUAAGUCGAGACGUCAAACAGCCACCAAGCGUGUCGAUAGCGUCACUUUCCUCUCAAGAAGGUCGUGACUUUGCUCUCUGCAACAAGGUAUUUCAGCAGGCUACUCUUAUCCAAUUAUAUAGACAGCUAUAUGGCCUGGCAUCCUCAUCUGAACCAAUACAAGCUGCUAUUCAGAUGAUAAACGACAUGAUUGGGAAUAUGGCACAAGGAGAACCUUGCCAUACUUGGGUUGCCAUGGCUAUGCCUUUGUUCACUGUCGGUUGUGAAGUGUAUAAAGAAGACCAGAAAACGUUCAUCUUGGACAAGAUUCAUAAACUCGAGAUAUGCAUUGGGUCACUGCAUGUUAAAGUCAUUGAGCAAGCGCUACAAGAUAUUUGGAAGUUAAGGGAAGAAUUUCAAGAUUACGAGGGUAACUUGUGCGCUGAGUAUCUGCUUGCUUAA